AUGGCGGAAGCCAGCGUACCUUCAUCAGAGGCGACCUGUCAAAACGUCUCGGACUCAGGGUACGUGGAAGAUGUUACAAUCUUCACCUUUGGUGAGGAUGCGACAGGAGAACAACGUACGUGCCGAAGAGUUGAGCUGUGGCUCACAAGUCAGCAUGACCGGAGGGAUGUUCGCGUCGAGGCGUUAGAAGUUCCGAUGAUCUGCUCUGACGUCAUGAAAGCGCCAGUCGACAUUUUGAGAGAUCAACUGCACGCUCAGGGAAUCGUCAUCGCUGAUGCUUCACUUCAUGGCAUACAGUGCGAAGAUGGAAUCAGCGUACUCAUUGGAGCCGACAAUUAUUGGCCAAUGGUUACAGGAGGCCUCAAACGUUUGGACAAAACUCUUGUUGCCGUAGAGACCAUCUUUGGAUGGACGGUGCAGGGACCCACAACGACUGACUCAUCUGCAACACGUUCAUCUACCGGUGUGAUGAGAGUAGCUGUAACCGACGCAGUAAACAGAAAAAUAUCCGCCCAAUUGCGAGCAUUCUGGGAAUUGGAACACAUGGGCAUUAAGGAGGAACAGUCAACUGUUACCAACGAAAAUGAGAUCCUGAAUCAGUUUGAAGAUACAGUGAAGGUUGAGAAUGGACGUUACCAAGUGUCGUUUCCGUGGAACGAGAAAGUGGCCCGGCUUCGCGACAAUAAGGAGAUAGCAAUGAAGAGGCUCGGACCACUCACAAAGCGCCUUCUGAGAGAUGAACAGAUUAUGAAGGAAUACGACACGGGAAUGCGAGAGUACAUGGAAAACGGUAUUGCCGAAGAAGCGCCAGAAACGGCAAUCGCGUCGCCAAACCCGUUGUACUACAUGCCUCAUCAGAGCGUGGUGAGAUGCGACAGCAAGACAACGAAACUACGGAUCGUCUUUGACGCGUCAUCUAGUGCACCAGGAUGCCUUUCUCUCAACGAUACAUUGUCAUCCGGACCAAACUUGAAUCCGAGUCUCAUCGAUCUUCUGCUCAAAUUUCGGAUACAUCAGAUCGCCGUCCUAGCAGACAUUCAAAAGGCAUUUCUCCAGGUAUCACUCUCAGAGGAAGACCGCGACGCUUUACGGUUCCUUUGGUACAAAGAAACACCACUGCCAGGGAUGGAAUUACCACCUAUCGUAACAUGGAGGAUGACCCGUGUUCCAUUCGGGGCAACGGCAAGCCCGUUCCUGCUGGCAGCAACCAUAAAACAUCACCUCGAAAGUCUUCAAAAUCAGUAUCCGGUGACGACGAAGAUCCUAAUGAACGACAUGUACGUCGACGAUCUGGUUACGGGAGCCAACAGUCUCGAGGAGGCUGAGAGCAUUUGCGUUGAAGCAAACAAUAUUCUGUCACAAGCGAACAUGCGUCUUCGAAAAUGGAUGUCGAACGACGAAGAAUUGCUGCAGCGUAUCAGUGAACGUCAGAACGGAGGAACGACGUCGUUGAUGGGAGAAAUGCAACCACGAAAGGUUCUGGGAGUUGCGUGGAAUCCUCGAACAGAUAAAUUCGGCUUUGACUUGAGUGCACUGAUCGGGUUUACAAGUACAACGAAAAAUAGCAAACGUGCCGUACUUCAAUCCUGCGCACGCAUCUUCGACCCAUUCGGAUUCUUGGCGCCAGUUGUCACCAGUGUAAAGCUACUGUUCCAAGCGCUCUGGGAACGAGGAACAGAUUGA